CGAUUAUGUUUGAUAUUCGUUUCUUACCUUUUCUACUUGUUUUCACCUUAGCGAUUAUAGUAGAAAGGCCUAUUACAUAAAUAUCAUGGUGUGGAGCUUCCAUUAUUUACACCAGAGAAGAUGAAACCAUACCUCAAUUUUAAGGUUUGGAAGAAGAAAAGACAAUAUUUUUUAUUACUGAAGCUCAUCAAAUAUAUCAAAGCAAUGGAACUGUUUGGAAUCAAAUUGAGGGUUUAUUUGAAGAUAUUUAGAUUUCGCCAGCAGAUUCACGUGUCAUAUUUUUAUUUGGACAAAAUGGUUAGAAAAGCUAUAGAACAAAUGAUUGUGGUGAAAAUUUCGAGGAAAUCGACACCGAGGGCUUUUAUGGAUUUAGAUUAAAUAAAAUGAAUUGGAAAUGGAUACUAGCAUUUAAAAAAUUAUAAUGUGAUCAUUCUGAGAUGGAUUGCAGAGAACCAUAUAAUAAUUAAUUGUUUUAUUCUGAAGACGGAGCAAAGACUUGGUUGCCAUCAUUUAAGAAUUGUAGAGAAGCCUCCUGGGAUAAGAUCAUAGAAGACAUUGCUGUUCCAGAUGAAAGGUCUAUUCUACUAUUUUCACAUGAAAAUCAAACAUAAUUGAUCUACUCUGACGAUUUCACUAAUUAUCAUACUUUAAUGAUUGGUGCCCAAGGCUACUAUUAAACCUCAAAAUAUCUUUUUGUUUUAACCUCUUCCAGCAAUGGAGGAUAUGAAUUGCAUUAUGGUCAUUCAAAACUCGAAGAAUUUUAAGAGAAAUUGGUGGAGUUACCAUUAUAAAUUCUAAAAGAAUAUUCCUACACGGUCUUAGAUACUGAAAAUGGUAGAAUAUAUUUAUCUGUCUCUCAUUAUCAAUAAGAACAAUCAGUAACUAAUGUGUAUAUCAGUAAUUAAAUUGGAUUAGAUUUCUAAAUUGUGUUAACUAAUAAUGUUAGAUCAACCUAAGAUGGAAAUUGUGAUUUUGAAAAACUAUUGGGUUUAACCUCAACUUAUGUAGCUAAUACAUAUGACUAAAGAGAUUAGUAGGAUAAAUCAACAGUGAUAAGUUUUAAUGGGGGAAAGAAAUGGGAAUCGAUAAAGGCCCCCAAAUAAGACUCAGAAGGGAAUAUCAUAGAAUGUGGAGGAGAAUGCUCCUUGCACUUUGUUGGAAGAACUGAAUCCUAUAGAUAAACUAUUUAUACAGUAGAUCAAGCGCCAGGUAUUGUUUUAGGUGUUGGGAAUGUUGGGUUAUUUAUAUCAUAAGAGUAAAAUACAUAUAUGUCAGCAGAUGGAGGAUAGAAUUGGAUUGAAGUCAGAAAAGGGUCUCAUGUUUUUGAAAUAGCUGAUUUCGGAGGAGUCAUUGUUAUGGCCAAAGAUUAUGAACCCACUAAUGAAAUUAUUUAUUCAAUUGAUUACGGGAAAACCUGGAAAACAAAAGUUAUUUAUGACGAUCUAUUCAUGGCAUAGAAUUUAGUUACUGAAGCAUCUGGAACAGUUAAAUAUUUUCUGAUCUAUGGGAAAACUGAUAAAGGAGAAGGCAUCAUUUUAAAAUUAGACUUUAGCGAUAUCUUUUCAAGAGAAUGUAAAUCAAAUUUAGAUUAUGACAUCUGGAAUUCUAAAUGCAUUGAUGGGUCCUAAACGAAAUACUAUAGGAAAAAAGAAAACUCAGAGUGUUUCAAUCCUAAAUAGAUGAUAACCAAAAGGAUAAUUGAACCUUGUCCAUGUAAAAGGGAAGACUGGAUAUGUGCCCAAGGCUAUACUAGUAAAUUAGAGGGAAGUGAUUGCUUACCUAUUGUUAAUGUUUCUGACUAUUGUGAACCUGGAAAAGCAUUUUUCAAAACAUAAGGAUAUAUCAAAUUAACUCAAUGUGUAGGAGGGUAAAUUAUUGUAUAAUUAAAAAAGUUUAGAUUUAGGACCAAUAGAAACAUAAUGUCCAGCAUCCUUGAAUUUGAAUGACAUCAUUUCAUAUUUAAUAAUAAUUUCAUUGCUGGCUGUUUUGAUUUUAAUAGGCUAUGUGUUAUUAAGAAGAGGAUAAACUUCAGGUGAAAAAGGUUCAAAUCCAAACAUUAACAAAUAUAAUCAAAUGGAGUUUUAGGAAGAUGAGGACGACGAAGAUCAAUAAUUAUGA